AUGGCCAAGUUCUAUAAUGAAAUACCCGAAUCUCUCAUCGAAUGGAUCAAGAAACAGCACAUGUUUUGGGUAGCUUCGGCUCCCCUGAGUCCUGACGGACAUGUAAAUCUCUCCCCCAAGGGCACAGCGGAUAGUUUUCAUGUCGUGAACUCUCGUCGAGUUUGGUAUCAGGAUUUGACCGGAAGCGGAGUGGAAACGAUCUCUCAUAUCAGGGAGAAUGGUCGCGUAACGAUCCUGUUCAACGCCUUCGAAGGACCUCCCAGGAUCUUGAGAUUGUUCGGAACAGGAACUGUAUACGAAUAUGGCACAGAAGAGUACGAAUCUCUUAUUUCUCCUGAGACUCGGAAGCCGGGCUCCCGUGCAGCUAUCGUCAUCGAUGUGUACCAGUGUCAAACGACAUGUGGAUUCGCUGUUCCAAUCUAUGAUUUCAUUACACAUCGCACCCAACUCCUCCGAAUGGCUGAUAUCGAAGAGUCACGCAACCGCGUUUCGGGUACCGUAUCCUCCCAAGAGACCGACAAGACGGGUAUCAAAGCAUAUUGGGUACAAAAGAACUUGAGAAGCCUUGAUGGUCUGCCUGGUCUGCUCGUGGCACCUGAUUCCAAAGUGACGCCUGUCAAUAAUUUUAAUAAGGAAAGUCAAAGACCGAAGUUGCGAUACUCGUCUUCGAGAGAGGGAAGCUCCCAGAGUAGUGGUGCAAAUGUAGCCAUUGGUUUUGCCCUUGGUGCCUUGGUCGCUACUGCCAUUCCUUACAUCCUAUCUGUUACCAGAAAGUUUGAUAUCUUAAUACGUGCUCAUAUGCAUAGUGCUCUUUACCUUUCGUGUGUGUACUCAUUAUUAUGCUUCAUUUGCUGCGUUGACACAACUGGCUUUGUACCUAACCAGCGCACUACUUAUACUUCGGUCGACUGGCACCAAGCUAGCCAGAUAAUUCCCAUGGCCAAGUACUAUGAUGAAAUACCUGAAUCUCUCAUUGAAUGGGUCAGGAAACAGCACAUGUUUUGGGUUGCUUCAGCUCCUCUUGGUCCUGGUGGACACGUCAAUGUCUCCCCCAAGGGUACAGCGGAUUGCUUCCAUGUGGUGAACUCUCACCGAGUUUGGUACGAGGAUUUGACUGGAAGUGGUGUGGAGACUAUAUCUCAUAUCAGGGAGAAUGGUCGCAUAACGAUUCUGUUUCACUCCUUUGAGGGACCUCCUAGGAUCUUGAGGUUGUAUGGGACAGGGACUGUAUACGAAUAUGGCACGCAAGAAUAUGAAUCUCUUAUUCCUCCUGAGACUCGUAAACCGGGGUCUCGUGCGGCUAUCGUCAUCGAUGUAUACCAGUGUCUAACGUCAUGUGGAUACGCUGUUCCGAUCUAUGACUUUGUUACGCACCGCACUCAACUCCUUCGAUCGUUCGACAUAAAAGAGUCACAUGACCGCGCUACUGUCUCCACAGAGAUUAAUCCGAAGGGCCUUAGAGCAUAUUGGAUGCGACAGAACCUCUCAAGCGUGGAUGGUCUUCCCGGUCUGCUUACAGCACCUGAGUCCAAAGCAACGUGCUCCAGCGUUUUUGACAAAGGUCCAAGACCGAAGUUGCACCGUUUGUCUUCCAGGGAUGCGGGCGUCCUGGGUACCGGCGCGACUUUAGCGAUUGGUUGUGCCAUUGGUGCAUUGGUAGCUACUGCUCUUCCUCGCAUUCUUUCCGUCACUGGGAACUUUGGUACGCGAACCUGA